AAAUAAAAUAAAUAUAAAUAUAAAAAGUGAAUUAGAGAUGAGAUGAGAGAUUCUUUUCCUUUCUUCUUCAUCUUCUUCUUUUUCUUCUUUUUUUCUUAAUAUUUUUAUUUUUAUUAUUGUAGUUAUAGCUGUAACUAUAGCUGUAUAUCAUCACCAUCAUCAUCAUCAUCAUCAUCAUAAGAAGAACAAAAAAGAUCAGCUUUGUAUUCUUCUUCUUCUUCUUCAUAUUAUUAUUUCUUCAAUUGUUUGGAUCAAAUCAAAUCAGCUCAGUUUUAAUGCAUAUCUUCAUCAUCAUCAUCAUCAGCUGCUAGGGUUCUUCUCCUCACACUCUCAUAAUCCAUUCUUCUGUAUUGUAAGGGGUAGCUGAUUGAUUCUGUAGUUCCUUUCCUUUCCUUCCAAACAUGGCGGCUGAACUUGUCCAUUCUGCCACAAGUGAGAAACUACCUGAAAUUGAUUGGACAAAGAACAUCCAAAUCUGCGAAUUGGUGGCUCACGAUCAAAAACAAGCUAAAGACGCAGUCAAAGCUAUCAAGAAACGAUUAGGCAGUAAACACACAAAUACUCAGCUCUAUGCUGUUUUGUUGCUGGAGAUGUUAAUGAAUAAUAUUGGAGACAAUAUUCAUAAGCAGGUUAUUGAUACAGGGAUUCUCCCUAUUCUUGUCAAGAUAGUCAAGAAGAAGUCAGAUUUGCCAGUACGAGAGCGUAUAUUUCUCCUUCUAGAUGCAACACAAACAUCUCUUGGGGGUGCUUCUGGAAAAUAUCCUCAGUACUACAAUGCUUAUUAUGAGUUAGUGAGUGCGGGAGUGCAGUUUUCCCAAAGGCCUCCCGCAGUUACAUCAAAUCACCCCACAUCACAACCAAAUCAUAACAACAACUUGCCUAAUGGGGAAGUAACAGCAUCUAGACAUGAAACGCGUGCUCUGCAAGCUGAGCCUCAAGAGGUUCCUGAAUCAAGUAUCAUUCAAAAGGCCAGUAAUGCACUGGAGGUGUUGAAAGAAGUUCUUGAUGCUGUAGAUAGUCAACAUCCUGAGGGAGCAAAGGAUGAAUUUACACUUGAUCUUGUAGAACAGUGUGCAUUUCAAAAGCAAAGGGUAAUGCAUCUAGUGAUGGCUUCUCGGGAUGAGAAGGUGGUAUCUCGAGCUAUUGAGUUAAAUGAGCAGCUCCAGAAGGUUCUUGCAAGACAUGAUGCUCUCCUUUCAGCUAAGCCUAGUUCAACUGUAAAUCAUGUGAGACCGGAAACAACUGGGAAUCGUUUGAGAUCAGAAGAAGCAGAGGAGGAAGAGGAGGCUGAACAACUUUUCAGAAGGUUACGGAAAGGAAAAGCUUGUGCAAGGCCAGAAGAUGAAGAGCUGCCAGUAGAACGACCACACAUGGGGUUGCUCGGAUCAUCAAUUCCUGGAGAAAUGCUGAAUCGUCCACUUAUAAGACCACUAUCUUUGGAACCAUCACGUGAAUCAAAUGGACACGGUGGUGGGAGUCCACUUAUACGGGCACCACCACCACCGCCACCACUGUCUUCAGAGCCAUCACAAGAAUUAUUGAACGGACAUGGUGGUGGGGGUGUUGCUAUUCCACCACCACCAUCAAAACACAUGGAGAGGGAGAAAUUCUUUCAGGAAAACAAAUUGGAUGGUUUGCCGGGUCAUAUAAGAGGGCUAUCAUUGCACAGUCGCAAUGCCAGUAGCUCUCGCAGUGGGAGCAUAGAUUCAAGUGAGUGAUAUGAUGAAUCAAGAUUGAUGGUUGGUUGGUUGGUUGGUUGAUUGGUUUAUGAUUUCUGAUUUGUAGUAAUGGCUUUUGGUGCUUACAUUACAUACAGUUUUUUUCUUUCUUCUUUUUUAGAGUGUAGUAGCAGUAAUAGUAGUAGUAUAAUAUGUAGUAGUAUAGUAUAUGUGGUCUGGUCUGGUCUGGUCUGGUUGGUGUUUUUUUCUUCUUUCAUAAUUUAGUUACCACUUUUCUCUCCGGUGAGCCUGAGCCUGAGCCUGAGUGAGUUGUAAAGAGAUAAAUAUAUAUUUUUCUUUUCUUUCUUAUUUAAUUUAUUUAUCCCAAUCCAUUGCCA